UGGGGAGGUGCAAAAUCCAAAGAAAUUCGCACGCCUUUCAAACGCCUCCCUUUCUAUUGCUGCGCUCUUACGUUCACCCCAUUCGAGGAUCCGGUUUGCACCAAAGACGGCAACGUCUUCGACAUCAUGAACAUAAUUCCUUACAUUAGGAAGUUUGGGAAGAAUCCAGUUAACGGGGCUCCGCUCAAGCCAGAGGACUUAAUUCCACUUACUUUCCAUAAGAAUGCUGAAGUUAGUGUAGGCUAAUACAGUGAGAGCUCUUCUGAUAUGGAAAACUACUAGUGCUAGUCCAUGAAGUGGAGAGGAAGCAAGCUAGGAUGAUAUUUUCCCUGUGCGAUUUUGCUGAAGUUCAGGAUAUUGACUUCUCCUUUGCGUUAUUGUUCUUAUUUUAAGUUUUUAUGAAUUUCUGAAUUACAAACUGAUUGGUAGCCAGAUUUUACGUUUUUGGGCAGUAAAUUGAAUCAUUCAGUUAUUUGCAUCCUUUGUUCCUUAUUAUAUUGACCCGAAAGUAGUUUACUAUGCAUGGUUCAGGAUCUGUGUUUUAUUCUGUUUUUGUCCACAAAACUGGAGUUAAGCCAUGGAGUGGAUUUAUCAACUAAUGGCAGGAGAGUGAUUGGUAUAUCACUCAGUGGAUGUUGUAUGAAGGGGCAAGAAGUGUGAAGAUGUCUCAAACUUUUUAUUCUAUUUUAUUUUAUUUCUAAAACUGUUUUCUGUACAGCAGUGACAUAACCUGACAGUGCUAUUGGUUGUAAACAAAUAACGUAUAUAAUCAUGAAAAAUCAUGCUUGUCCAAGGACCAGAUGUUUUGUGGCGCUUAAGAUAUACGCAUAGUUUGUAUACUAUGAACUUUUCUCGCUGUAGUUGUAUCCUGACGAAUCUUUGUUCUUAUUAUCGCUGGUUCUCCAUUAUUACUUGUGCACCACCAUUUCACCUAAACUUCUCAUGUUCCAUUUGGUAUGGACAGGUAAAUGCACCUGCAUGAUAUGAUAGCCAUCUUUUAGCAUGAAGUUUCUCAGUCUUUGCUCAUCUGGUAUAGCAAUGCAGGCGUUUAAUGCCACAUAUAGUGUUAUCCAUUAUUGUGUUUAUGCAGGCGAAUAUCAUUGUCCGGUGCUGAAUAAGGUUUUUACAGAGUUCACACACAUAGUUGCAGUGAAGACUACUGGGAAUGUGUUCUGUUAUGAGGCUAUUAAAGAACUAAACCUUAAAACCAAGAACUGGAAGGAGCUCCUUACAGAUGAACCAUUCACUAGGGAAGACCUAAUAACUAUACAAAAUCCAAAUGCACUGGACAGCAGGGCUCUCCUUGAUUUUGAUCACGUCAAAAAUAGUUUGAAAGUUGACGAUGAAGAAUUAAAAAGGAUGGAAUCAGAUCCCACAUAUAAUAUAAAUGUUACUGGGGAUAUCAAGCAGAUGCUAAAGGAACUUGGCACUGAACAAGCAAAGGAAAUUGCUCUGCAUGGUGGCGGUGGAAUCAAGGCAAAAAAUGAAAGAGCUGCUGCACUUGAGGCUAUAUUGGCUGCAAGGUCACGCAUAAAGGAUGAGUCCAAUGGGAAUGGUGAGUCAGCCAAGAAGGCUUAUAGUAUUGUGGAUGCUGCUUCUGCCUCUGUUCAUGGAAGAAGUGCAAAUGCUGCAAAGUCUGCUUCAGAUGAUAAAACAGCUGCUAGAAUAGCUUUGCACAUGGCGGGUGAGAGGACACCAGUGAAUGCCAAGCUGGUAAAGAGUCGUUUUACCACUGGUGCUGCUUCGCGGUCCUUCACUUCUACUGCUUUUGAUCCUGUUACCCAAAAUGAGUAUGAAUACAUCAAAGUUGAGAAGAACCCAAAGAAGAAAGGCUAUGUUCGCCUGCAAACAACACACGGUGAUCUAAAUAUUGAGCUGCACUGUGAUAUAACUCCAAGAACAUGCGAGAACUUCAUCAGUUUAUGUGAACGUGGGUAUUACAAUGGAGUAGCUUUCCACAGAAAUAUAAGGAACUUUAUGAUUCAAGGUGGAGAUCCCACUGGGACUGGAAAAGGGGGUGAGUCGAUAUGGGGAAAGCCCUUCAAAGAUGAACUAAACUCUAAAUUGCUUCAUUCUGGAAGGGGUGUUGUUAGCAUGGCCAACUCUGGUCCUCACACAAAUGGUUCACAGUUCUUCAUCCUGUACAAAUCUGCAAAUCAUUUGAACUUCAAACACACAGUGUUUGGUGGAGUUGUAGGAGGUUUGACAACGCUUUCUGCCAUGGAGAAGGUCCCUGUUGAUGAUGAUGACCGACCUCUGGAAGAAAUCAAGAUAACUGAAGUAGAAAUAUAUGUCAAUCCUUAUGCAGAAUCUGAUGAAGAGGAUGAGAAGAAGAGUACUAAUGAGAACAAUGCUGAAGAUGAAGAAAAUGAUAAGGUUGGCUCAUGGUACAGCAAUCCAGGGACUGGAACUUCAGGGAGUCAAGGUUUGGGUGGUGGUGUAGGGAAGUACUUGAAAGCAAGGAAUUCACAGGUUGAGUCUACUACUGCUGUUGACAGCAGUCAACCCGCGGUUUCUGUGACAAAGAAAAGAAAAGUAGGUGUCUCAACAGGAGAAUAUAAAAAUUUUUCUUCGUGGUAAGAGUUGCAAUAACUGCUAACCUCCCUAGACAACUGAAUUUGCUUGAUGGGUUUAGCCAAUGUUGAUACAGUUUAGCUGCGAGGAUAAUGGAUGACUUGAACCCUGUAAAUGCAGAAAGUCUGUAUUUUAUGGUGUAUAAUGAUGCAAUUGAGAGUAUUUGUACAGAAUUUGUAGUAGCAAAGUUUAUAAAGACCUUGGUACUUGAGGCGUUUAUUUUAGUUUGAUGUUCCCAGUUUUGAUGGGUUUUUAGGAACUUUUGGGUGGAGUCCUGAUAAUGUAUUUCUUGCUUCCCAUUUCUAGUAGCUGAGGUUGAUUUAAUUGGAUGGGAAGUAUAAAUGGGGGAUCUGUGGAAUCAGUUGUGUGUGUUUAGUAGCCCGGACCUGGAGUAUCUUGAAAAAUGUUGCGGUGGUCCGGCCAUCAUGGAGCUGGAAGCAUCAUAAAGCACACAGCGGCUCUAGCAAAAGGUGAUGAGAAACCAGCAUGAUUGGCCCAGCAUUCCACGGAAGCAUGGCGCUCGGAAUUUCUUACUCCUUUGAGAGCCCAUACUGAUGCCUGCCGUUCCAGUUCCAGUUAUCAUGGACCGAACAUAACCUGCAUCUGCGUGCAUACUUUCAUUAUUGGUGGCAAAAGCCGUGGUAGUGGGCCACCUGACUCGCCCUGGACCGAGAGCUUGUCUUACAAAGUUUGUACUACAAAUGAUGACUUCUGCAAAGCUUAUCAUUCAGUUCUCAGGGGCCUGUUGACGUACGUCGCUGUGGCUCAUUUCUGUGUCUUCUUUUGCUUGGGUGUAUUUCGGCUGUUGCUUCAACUUCAAAUGUACAUUGAGAUUGGAUGUAUACGACCGAGUAUGACAAUUUCUUACCCUUUUAAGUUUGAAUUGUUUGGAUUCAA